CACUACUCCAGCCGCAUGAUGUCCUCCUCUCUCAAACCGCCAUUUUCAAAACCCAUCUCUCUUUCUGCGUAAGCAAGUUAAUGAAACUAUGACCUAUUAACCAUGGCCUCGACUUCAUUCUCUCUCUCCCCCAUACCGCAUACCCAUCACCCCAAAAGGCAUUUUUCCAUUAAAACUCCACCCCUAUCAGUGAAAACCCCAUUCCUCCCCUAUUUUGAUGGCACAUUCAAAUGGGUUUCUCCAUUAAGGCCCCGUACUCCAAUUCUUUGCGAUAACACCACAUCGGAAAGUUCCAAUGGUGAAGAAUUUGAUGAGUCGGUCCUAGCGAAGGAGGCAAUUGCAGAGAUGCUUCUUCAACUCGAGGUUUCAGAAGAAGAGGUUCAAAGUAUAGCUAACAACUGUCCUAAGUAUAUUGGAAUGGUUAUUGAUGGAGUGCAUGAAUUAGAUGAGCUUUCCUUGUGGGAUUCAUGGCAAAUUGAUAAAGAAAUUAUUGGUCAUCUUUCUUUCAAGAGGAAGUUUGUGUACAUGGUUAAAGAGAAAGGGGAUAAUGGGAUUCUCCCAUUCCUUGAGAGCAUUGGUUUGAACCCCUCGUCAUCAACCCAUAUCGCUCGAUAUUUAUCUUCCGAGAAGCUCAUCGAUCUCAUUGCCAAAGUUAAAUGUCUUAAGGAAAUACUUUUCUCUGAUGGUGAUGAAAUUUCAAUUACCGGGAAGAAUACUCGCCGUAUGAUGAUGCACCUGUCAAUUUCUACAGAUGAUGAUAUUCAGCGUACCUUAUCAUUCUUCGAGAAGAUGGAAGCCAGGCGUGGAGGGUUAAACAUGCUUGAUUUUGAAGAUGCUUCUUUUCCUUAUCUUAUUGAGUCAUUUCCUCGACUCCUUUUGUGUUCAGUGGAGUCCCAUUUGAAGCCUUUAAUUGAAUUUCUCAAACUGAUUGGGGUUUCAGAAGGAAGCAUCAGAAGUGUAUUCCUUUCUUUUCCUCCCAUUAUUUUAUAUGACAUUGAGAGGGAAAUGAAACCAAGGAUGAGGAAUUUGGAAAAGCUUGGAUUUGACAAUAAAGAUAUUGGUAAGAUGAUUCGCAAAUACCCAUGGAUUCUUUCAAGUAGCAUCCAGGCGAACUAUAGUAAAAUUCUUGCCUUCUUCAGUACAGAAAAGGUACCUAAAUUAUAUGUUGAUGGCGCGAUCAAGAGUUGGCCCCAUAUCCUAGGAUGUUCCAUUAACAGGAUGAAGUUGCUAGUUGAACAAUUUGGCGAGAUGGGCGUCACAAAUGAUAAUUUGGGUCGUGUCAUUGCUUCAUGCCCCCAGUUGCUUCUGCAAAAGCCUCAAAAUUUUGUCAUGGUGGUUUCCUUCCUUGAGGAACUGGGUUUUAACUGUGAAUCCGUCGGGAAAAUUUUGAGCCGCUGCCCUGAAAUAUUUGCAGCCAGCAUCGAAGGUACCCUAAAGAAGAAGAUCGAUUUCCUUAUCGCAUUGGGAAUAUCCCAUGACCAUCUCCCUAGGAUCAUUCGAAAAUAUCCAGAGCUUCUCGUUUGUGACAUUCAUAAAGCAUUGCAGCCACGGAUGAAGUACUUGAUGAAGGUUGGCCUGACCAAAAGAGAGGUGGCCUCUAUGAUACACAGGUUUUCUCCUUUGUUAGGGUACAGUAUUGAAAAAGUGUUGAGACCAAAGCUAGAGUUCCUUGUGUACACCAUGCACAAACCAGUAAGAGACGUUGUAGAUUAUCCAAGGUACUUUAGUUAUUCCUUGGAGAAGAAAAUCAAGCCAAGGUUUUGGGUAUUAAAGGGUAGGAAUGUGCAGUGUAGUCUUAAAGAGAUGUUAGGAAAGAAUGAUGAGGAUUUUGCAUCUGAUUUUAUGGGGAUAGGCCGAAUGCUUGUCCCCCCUGUCUGAGGGCAAUAUAUGAGCAGUUUUGAUGAGUUGUUUUGAAAUUAGUUUUUGUGUGCGUGCUCAUGUAUGUCAUUUUUAGACAUCCAUGCAUGUCUUUAGGGCUGUGGCAUGCGUCAGUUUUUGAUAAAAAUCUUGAUAAGUAAAGCUGUGCUGCCUUUCCUCA